AUGGCCCAGAUCACCCUCGUCGGGAGCACAGGCCUCGUCGGCGCAGCAGCGCUCUCGGCCCUCCUAUCCAGCCCGACCAAGCUCGCGCUGACGACACUCACGCGGCGCGCCGUGCCCACGCCGGCGCCCGCGAACACGUCUACGACGCUCACUGCCCUCGUCCAGCCCAGCCUCGCGGACGCUGUCGGCGCGCCAGAGCCGCUCGCGCACAACGGGUCAGUGUACAUAACCGCCCUGGGCACGACGCGCGCGGCGGCCGGGAGUCUAGAAGGGCAGGAGAAGAUCGACUACGUGUUGAAUCGCGACCUUGCUGCGCGGGCUCACGCGGACGGCGCCGAGACGAUCAUCCUCGUGUCGUCUGGGCGCGCGGACAGCGCCUCGUACUCUGGCUAUCUUCGCAUCAAAGGCUUGCUAGAGGACGCGGUGCUCGAGAUGGGGUUCAAGCGGACCGUUAUUCUGCGGCCUGGUGUGCUGCUUGGCCGGCCCGACGCGCGGUUUGCAGAGAACGCCCUCGGGUACGCCAUCAGGACACUGCGCUGGGCCGGCCUGCCCGUCGUGCGGUAUGGCAUUGAUGCGUCCGACGUCGGGGCCGCCGUUGCCCAGCUUGCGCUCGAGCCGGGCGAGGGGGUGCAUUAUGUGUAUGGCGAGGAGAUGGUCGCGCUUGCGGCCAAGUAUAGGGCUGGGUUGGGGGAGUAGGAGAUGCACGGUGUUGGGCGCG